UGUUUUUGUUUGUUGUAGUAUGGGUUAGUGGGGAAUGUUGAGUUUUAAAAACUAAAUAUUGACUUUUGAGCUGAGUGCAUCUUCAAGUGAUAAAUAUUGUUCCCGUGUAAUUUUGAAAUGAAUCUAGAACUGUUAGAAUCAUUUGGCCAAAACUACCCAGAGGAGUUUGAUGGAGCACUGGAUUGUAUCUCGCUGGCUGUAACAUGUGCUUUCAACAAGCGAGGCACUCUCCUAGCGGUUGGUUGCAAUGACGGACGCAUCGUCAUCUGGGACUUUCUGACUAGGGGCAUUGCCAAGAUCAUCAGUGCCCAUAUGCACCCUGUCUGCUCUCUUAGUUGGUCUAGAAAUGGCUUCAAACUACUGAGUGCUUCUACUGACAACAAUGUUUGUAUCUGGGACGUGCUCUCUGGAGAGUGUGAACAGAAAUAUCGCUUUCCAUCACCUAUCCUCAAAGUACAGUUCCAUCCUCGUAAUGACAAAGUUUUCCUUGUCUGUCCGAUGCGUCAUGCUGCUGUUUUAGUUGACACGGAUGGAGAUCAUAAAAUCGUACCUCUCGAUGAAGACACGGAUCUAACAAUAGUUGCAUCAUUUGACCGAAGAGGGCAGUUCAUCUACACAGGCAACGCCAAGGGCAAGAUACUUGUCAUGAGCUGUCCGGACCUCGAACUCAAGGCUUCGUUCAAAGUUUCGACCAGUGCUACGGCCGUGAAAAGCAUCGAGUUUGCAAGAAGAGGAGAGUGUUUCCUGGUGAACUCGGCAGACCGGGUGAUCAGGGUAUACAAUUCAGAUAAGGUGAAGAACUGUGGCAAGGACGGAGAGCCAGAACCUAUUCAGAAACUGCAAGAUCUCGUUAAUAAGACAAUGUGGAAGAAGUGCUGUUUCUCAGGCGAUGGGGAAUACGUGUGUGCCGGCUCAGCCAGACAACAUGCCUUGUACGUUUGGGAAAAGAGUAUCGGGAACCUGGUCAAGAUCUUGCAUGGAACAAAGGGUGAACUGCUUCUGGAUGUUGUGUGGCACCCGGUAAGACCUAUAAUUGCGUCGAUAUCCAGUGGUGUAGUGUCGGUAUGGGCUCAGAACCAGGUGGAGAACUGGUCCGCCUUCGCUCCGGACUUCAAGGAGUUGGACGAGAAUGUUGAGUACGAGGAGAGAGAGAGUGAGUUUGACCUGAGUGACGAGGACAAGUCGGUCACAGAGGGUCCUGAGAAACACAAUGAGGAUUUGGAGGUGGAUGUCACCUCUGUGAACCCUGUUCCGGCUUUCUGUAGUUCAGACGAAGAAACGGAGGACACAGAAGUGCUGCAGUUUCUGCCGAUAGCCCCCGAGGUGGAGGACCCAGAAGAGGGACCCACACUGCCCCCACCACACCCCGUAGCUCCAACCUCCUUCCCUCCGUCCGGCUCACCCCCUCUCAAACGUCCUCGUUACCAGUCUUACGAGAUUACGCUGCAGGGUGCUCCUGUAGAUGAACCUCACCCUCUGCUGAGCAAUCGACCUGGCAAGGAUAAGUCUUUUUCUGGCACGAAGAAGGGGACGAAGCGAUUUGCCAAAUGAGACAGUUUUUCUUACGUAUUUUCCUAAAAAAGAUAGUUUUUGAAGGAUGUGCAAAUAUUGAGAUUUAAAAUCACACAAACUAUAUAAUUUUUCAGAGAUUUUGAGAUUUGAGACGAAACUCUCCUUUCAAACUUCUCAAAUAUUCAAAUGGGACUUAUAUUACAAAACUGAUGCAAAAUACAAUAGUGGAGAAAUUCAAUCAUUUUAUAUCACAGACUCUUGCUAGUUGAUAGAAAAAUUGACAGGCUUACCUUGAAAAUUAUCCUCUAGGGUCCACUGAUUUGAAAGAAACGUUAAGAUAUAUAUAUAUAUAUAUAUGUGUGUGUGUGUGUGUGUGUGUGUGUGUGUGUGUGUGUGUGUGUGUGUGUACACGUUUCAAAAUUUUUGAUUGCACUGCAAUCUUUUCAACCAGUAGAGAGCAUUGUAGUUGUCUGCCUACUUUGGGACUCAGAGUCAAUGUGGGAAGCAGUGUUGCAAUUUACUUUUUUAUAAUUUGCACUGCAGGACCCUUUCAAAUCAGUGGACCCUAGAGGGAAGUUUUCAAGGUUUCCUGAAAAUUUUCUUAUCAAGUAUCAAUAAUGCUUGGCUUUCACCUCUAUUAAUUCAAACAUAUAUUAUAGACUUGUUAUUGAUUAUAUAUGUAAUAAAAUAAAUCUUGUCUUCCUAAUGUUUUUAAGAAAUCCUUCAAUAUCCUUCAAAAUUCAUUAUUUCUUUGUUCAUACUUGUGAUUAUAAAAUCUUUAUCAAAUUGUUCCUGUAGAAACCUUAUAGGAUUAAUGAAUUUUAAUAACUAACAAUAUUUUUUCUCAGGGAGGAUAAAAAAAGACAGUGUUAAAAAAACUAUUCUCGUCAACAACGGAUAUAUAUCUCAAUUGGAAAAUAACUUAAAAUGCAACAUUUAAUGUAAUUCUUACUAAAUUAUGAUUGGUUUACACUUCAGUGUUGUACAUUAGAUAAACGUAAGAGUUUCAAUGAUCGGUUAAAUUGUAUCAUUUUGUAAAUGAAUUUAUAUACAAAAUUGAAUUAUUCCCGGAUAAUAGAUUUUACUACCAAAGUUUCAUUGUUUUAUAUAUAUAUUUCAAAUAUUUCAUAGCAUAUAUUAGUUUUUGUAGAAAUCUAUUCAUGUUAAGACGUAUUGUUAGAUUAUUAUUUUAUUCCAAGUCAAAUUUCAUUAUUUGCACAUCCCUGAUUGUAUAUAAAAAUUUAUUUUUAUCUUUCGUAUUGUAUGUACAUAAUAUUAUGUUAGUGUAAAUUUUAAGAUGAGUGUCAAGCUGAAAUGAUAUUAACUUAUCAGACAACUCCAGAUAAUUAGUACAAAAUCAUUACACUCAUUCAACAUUUUUCAUAUGUACAUAAUUUUAUAUAUUUGUUAAGAGUUUAGUGUGAUUUUUACAAUUAAACAGUACCUCGGUAGUCA